UGCGGUCACACGGAAUUUGCGAACAGCUGCGUGCAAAUUACUUUUUUUUUGUGUAGUGUCACACUUGCAGGUGUCAAUUAGAAAAUUGAAUUAAACAUGAAAUUAACAAUAAAUAAAUGUGGUUGCAAGUGUUGAAAAUGGCAACGUACAAGUUGCAAGUCCUUGACGAACGUCUAGAGUGAAGGCAAGUGAAAAUAUGGUGUAAGUGCGUGAGAAACAUGCGUCGGGUUUCGGCUUUUUGUUUUGAUUCUUAUCAUGCUGCGAAACAGACGGCAAAGCGCGCGUCGCAAUGAAAAAUAAAGUAAAAACAAAAUGGAAAAGCUGUGAGAGUGCGCGCGCAAUCGGGAAUCGGGUGUAAAGCAAUUCUCUGCCGCUGCCUCAGUAGCGACGCCACCGGUUUUAUGCUGCCGACGCGACGUGGAGCUUUCGGCAGUUGGCUCCAACGAAGCAGCGCAGCAGCAGCAACGACGACGACAGCGGCAGCAGAAUUUAGUUGUGAGCAAGACUUUGCACUGUUCGGACGUCGCUCGCCCACGCUACGCAAAAGAAAGCAACAACGUCACGUCUCACGUCACGACUCGUCUCGUUUUCGACACGUUAAAAGCACGCUACGCCGACGCCGUCAUCAUCAUCGUCGUCACCUUCAGCAGCGACGCUUUUUAGAGCAACACGCGACAUCAGCAAAAGCGACAAUAAAACCAACAACAAUAAGUAGUAACAAUUGCUAAUCAGCAUGGAAUAAGAUCUCAAUUGAUGUGCGGAAUUCCAAUCAGAGCGAUGCCAAUCUGAUUCCGUUUCCGAUUACGUUACGUGAGUUUUGAGUGUGUGUGUGUAGUUUGCUCGCGAUCGUCGCGCGCCUCGUUAAAAAUUAAUUAAAAAUUGAAUGUACGCUAAAAGGUCACACAGAAUAAUUGUAAUCAGAGAAUAAUUAUUAAAUAUUGAUAUUUAAUAACUGCAUGCGUUGCAUUCCAAUCCGAAUUGGAAAUCAGGAAAUCUCUUGUGUAUCGCGUAUCGCGUGUGUGGAUUGUGAAAGAGUGUGGAUAGUGAGUGGAUGGUGAUUUUUGUGGAUUAUAUGUGUGUGCAGAUUGCAAGUGGCCGGCGGUAAAUGUAAAUGCAGCGGAUUUGAUGUAGAACGCAGCUCUCUGAACUGAGCUCAAAACUCCGCCGUAUUUGGGAAGCAAACAAUGUCACGACGCAAACAGUCGAACCCAAAGCCGUUGAAUAAAGGAGAUUGUUCCGAUACCACAGAAGAGAUGACCGUCGACAGCAGAGAUUCCAAAGAUUUAGGUUCACACGAACUGAGCGAGGAGAAGGAGCAGCAGCACGACUUCGAGGAGCUGCCAGAAGAGGAGGAGGACGAACAUCCUAGCGAGGAGAACCAAACAAGCAACCACAGCUCCGACCAGCCCAUGGAGACUGACAUGGACCAAGUUGAGGCAGAAGAUGCCGAUCACGAGGAGCAGCAACAGCAGCAGAAGGAGGCUGACAACUCGACGACACCGCCGCGCAGUCCGACGCCGCAGCUGGUGCCAAAGCUGGAGCGGAUGGAGCAGCCAGCCACACCGCCAUCAGCAGCAGCCACGCCCAGUCCCCCGCCCACACCCACACCUAUAACUGCUGCGCUACCGAAGCUGCGGCUUAAUGCAUUGUUAGCGUCGGAUCCAGCGCUCAAACCCGACGCCAAGGAGCUCAAUCUGGCCGAUGCUCGGCUGCUCGCUCCGCCACCGCAGCUGUCCAAGCCGGAACCGUCAUCUUCUCAGAGUCUAGCCGAGGCCAGCAGCAAUCUCGUUGAGCCGCUGCUGAAGCCGGCGCGCUUCAUGUGCUUGCCCUGUGGAAUUGCCUUCAGUUCUCCAUCGACCCUGGAGGCGCAUCAGGCUUACUACUGCUCACAUCGCAACAAGGAGGCGGACGAGGAGGCCGGAUCGGGCGAUAAGCUGUCAGCUGCGGGAGGCGGAGGCGCCGCUGGCACCGGGAACAGCAACAACAAUGGCGGAGGAAGCAGCUCGGAGCCACCGGCGAAGGUGGCGCGCACAGGAAAGCAAUAUGCGUGCACUCAGUGCUCCUACAGUGCCGACAAGAAGGUCUCCCUCAACAGGCACAUGCGCAUGCAUCAGACCUCGCCAGCUCCCAGCCUGCCCAGCCUCGCCGGCCUGACUGCCAAUGGCGUGGCAGCUGUCGGAGGAGUCGGAGUGGGAGUUGGAGGUGCUAGCGGAGUCGCGGCGGGUUCGCUCGAGGAGAGCUCUAGUCAACAAAUCGAUCGCUAUUGCAGCGACUGUGAUAUCCGCUUCAACAACAUCAAGACCUAUCGCGCACACAAGCAGCACUACUGCAGCUCCCGCCGCAACGACGGCCAGCUCACACCCAAGCCCGAGGCAGGCGUCGGUUCAGGCUCAUCCGGCACUCCCGGCACAGCCACCCCGGUCGGUGCUGGCAAACUGAGUGGAGCGCACAGUCCACAGUCGCGGAACAAGACCCCGACUCCCGCCAUGGUGGCUGCUGCCGCCGCCGCUGCAGCUGCUGCUGCCUCGUUGCAGGUGACGCCGCCACAGCCCUUCCUGGCACUGCCCACCAACCCGAUCAUAAUUGUGCCCUGCUCGCUUAUCCGCGCAGCCAGCCUCAUUCCGGGACCGCUGACCACCUCGACUUCGGGCAUCGUCAACCCGGAGUCCACUUGCUUCACCCUCGACAACGGCGCCUUGAAGCCGCUGGCCACAGCACUCAACAUCAAUGCGUUGGCCGGAAAUGUGACUCCGACGCCGCCAAUGCCCAGCAGCAAUCAGCAACCGAUUCCUGCCCUGGAACCAGAGCGUCAGUCAGCAAGCAACAGCGAAGCUGAGACCAAGAGCAGUCCCACUGAGCCCAAGCGUAAGGAAGCGGGAGGAGGCGCCACUCGCGAGUCUACCCCACUGGAUCUCUCCCUGCGUCGUUCUCCUAUCUCGGCGCUGUUGCAGCGUCAGCGUCUCGUGCGCUCCGCUGCCGCAUUGCUCGAGGCAGAGGAGACGCUCUUGGCUGCUGCAGGCAAAGAGAACCUGGAGAGCGGUGGUAGCGUUACCCCCGAGCAGAUUGUGUGCGCUCCCUCGCUGCCCAGCAGUCCCUCGAUGAGUCCCUCGCCCAAACGACGGGUCGUGAGUCCUCGCAGCUCCGGCGCUGGCAGCGCUGCCUCCAUGUCGCCGCCCACUUUGGGCGUAGGUGUAGGUGUGCCACAUCUGCUGGAGAAUUUGCCACCGCUGCGCUCCAUGCUGCCUGCGGACUUUGCGCUCUCCGAGUCCCUGCUGGCCAAGACCAACCCUGAGUUGGCGCUCAAGCUGGCUGCCGCUGCCGCAGCGGCUGUAGCAGGCAGCAGCACUGCGGAGCUGGCCAGCAAACUGGGCUUCCCCACUGCACCUGGAGCCGGAAGCAACGCUCCAGCUGCGGCGACAGCCAAUGCGCCAAGUGCACAGCCACAGAUCUAUGUGAAGCAGGGCGUGUCCAAGUGCAAAGAGUGCAAUAUUGUCUUCUGCAAGUACGAGAACUAUUUGGCCCACAAGCAGCACUAUUGCUCCGCCCGCAACCAGGAGUCGGGCGAGGGCGAUGCCAAGAGCGCCAGCUCGCCGCCAAGCGGAGCAGCGACAGCGCAAGUUGGAGCUGGAGUGGGAGGAGCUGCCUCCGCGGCAGAGACUACGCCGGUGGCGUAUCAGCAGCUGAUCUGCGCUGCCUGUGGCAUUAAGUACACAUCGCUGGACAAUCUGCGUGCGCAUCAGAAUUACUAUUGCCCCAAGGGUGGCGCAGCAGCCACGCCAGUUGCUGAUCCCCCACAGCUGCCCAAGGAAAAGUGCGGCAAGUGCAAGACACUUCACGAACUUGGCCAACCUUGUCCACCUCCGGCUGCUCCCCAGCUGCCUCCACUUGCGGCAACCGCGGCCGCGUCGGGCGCCUCCUCGAACAGUGUCAACAAGUGUCCCGUCUGCGGUGUUAUUAGUCCUACAGCAGCGUUGGCCAGGAAGCACAUGGAGAUGCAUGGCACAGUGAAGGCGUUCCGCUGCAGCAUUUGCCAGUACAAGGGCAACACGUUGCGUGGCAUGCGCACUCACAUUCGCACCCAUUUCGACAAGAAGACGAGCGACGUGAACGAGGAGCACUACAUGACUUGCAUCUUCGAGGAGGAUGCAGCUGCCGCGGCUGCUGCUGCUGCGGCUGCAGCUGUUGCUGCGACUCCCGUUGGACUCGGUUUGGAUGUUCCGGUUGUGGCCUCGCCUCAGGAACAACUGGAGCAGCAGCAGCAGGCGCAACAUCCACCACAGAUCUUCAAUUGCGACUACUGCAACUAUGCGUCUAGCUACAAAGGCAACGUGCUACGCCACAUGAAGUUGCUGCAUCCACACGUGGCCAUCAACUCGCCCUCGAUUUCGCCAGAGACGCGGGACCAAGAAAUCAAUCCGCAUGCCGAAGUGGCGCUCGUCAAUGGCGAUCGCGAUUGCUCAUCAGUAGCCAGUUUCCACAUUAAGUCGGAGCCUCUAGAGCAACCACCCGUGGCAGCAACACUGAGCUUGGUGCAUGACAACAACAACUCACCCAUUGGCACACCACAUACUCACAUCAAGGCCGAACCUCAGGACAUAGGCAUGGAUGUAUCGCCUCCUUCGCUGCCGCCGCCGCCAGUGUCGAACUCUCCGCUGGGAAACAGCGCAGCGGCCGAGGCCAUGAAGAAGUACUGCUCCACCUGCGACAUAUCCUUCAACUAUGUCAAGACCUAUCUGGCCCACAAGCAGUUCUACUGCAAGAGCAAGAUGCAUCGUCCCGAGGCCAACGAUAGCCCCAGUCCCAAUCACAUGAAUCACAAUCUCCUGGGUGCCACUGUACCGCUGCAGUCGCCCAGCGAGCUGCUGCUGCUCCAGAAGAACAAGGAGAAUCUACAGGAGGCGGCCAUUUGAGAGAGCCAGCUGAUGUGGGAGGCGCAGCGCAAGCAGCUCGAAUGGUACUACAAGUGCUUCUAAGUGAAGAGAAGUCGCUUGCCCUCCAAUCGAAAGUAUUCGCAGAGAAUCUCCCUUCCAACACAUGAACGAUGCUUGCGUGCACAAGUAAAGAUAAAGAUGCAGAUAGAAAUGCAGCAGAUACUUAUAUAGAACCACUAUUCGUAUAAACUUAUAGUAGAAAUCAUGACAUAUAAUGCAUGCCAAAGCUUACCACUUAGACAGAAACUACAUUGAGUGCAAGAAACUACAAGUUUUCACAUAUACAUACGAUACAUACACCUAUAUAUACAUACAUAAAUACAUAUAUCUAGAUAUAGAAUCUUUAGGGAGCAACUUUCGCUCUCUGAUCCCACGCUAGGAGCAUGUCACCCACACUCGGGUGCUGCUGUGGUGAAUAAUCCUAUAGAUCCAAUAUACGACUAAUAAUUAUAUUAUAUUAACGCUAAAGAGAGUGUGCCCCAUAAUUUAACAAUAAACUGUAUAAUUUAAAUAUAUAUAAUUAACAUUUAACACGUAUGCAUAUACAUGUAUGUAUAUGUGGUUACAUUUAUGCUUAUACAUUAAGAGUGUGCGACAAUAAAACUAAUUAAUU